GGGACACGCUGAUGGUAGCUACAGAGGGCUGAUAUACUGAUCUGCGUCUUCUGCUCGAAUGCGCAUUUCUCUUAGUGCGUCUAAGAUACCCCGUUUCCCCUUCGGCGCAUCAUGGUGAAGUCGUACAGCAAGUACGAGCAGACGGAUGCAUUCGGCGUAGUCGCAACAGCUACUUCCAACAUAGUCUGGGCUUCCGAAGAAGCCACUCGGGUCGGAUCGAAUCGCCCCGCUGGCGCUGGCCGCGCCUAUGCCGCCGCAAACGAGGAGGUUCUGUGCUGGGAUGUGAAGAAAGGCGAGCUAUUGAGCAGAUGGCGCGACUCGUCAUGCACAGAAGAAGUCACAGUAAUAUGUCGGAGCGACGUGGAUCCGGACGUCUUCGCGGUUGGCUACGCCGAUGGAAGCAUACGCGUGUGGGAUUCGAGAACAUCGACAGUCGUAGUCAGCUUCAACGGACACAAAUCAGCCGUCACCGCCCUUGCCUUCGAUCAUUCAGGAGUCCGGUUAGCUAGUGGCGCGAAGGAUACCGACAUCGUGAUAUGGGACCUCGUUUCCGAAGUCGGGCUGUUCAAGCUCAGAGGACACAAGGGUCAGAUUACCGGUCUCCAUUUUCUGCACCCAGAGAAGGUGACUGAGGACGGUGGCGUCAAUGGUACGGACUCAGGCAUGGACAUAGAUCACGCUUUCGUCUUGUCCACCAGCAAGGAUGCACUGAUCAAGAUCUGGGACGUAAAUACGCAGCAUUGCAUCGAGACGCACAUCGCACAAUCGAAUGGAGAGUGUUGGGCGCUUGGAGUAUCUCCCGAUGGCAGUGGCUGUAUCACUGCCGGAAACGAUGGAGAGCUCAAGGUGUGGGCUAUCGAUCUUCCUGGUCUUGCAAGAGCGGGCUCAUCUAUCGGCGAAGGAGUGGAACUGCAGUAUCUUCGCGAGCGGGGGAUUCUUUAUCGACAAGGCAAAGACAGGACUCUUGGAAUUGCAUUUCACGCCAAAUCGGAUUACAUCGUCGUGCACGGCUCCGAAAAGGCCAUUGAAGUAUGGCGGAUACGGAGCGAAGGAGAAGUGCAGAAGAGCUUGGCUAGAAAACGGAAGAGGAGGCGGGAAAGGGCAAAAGCUGAAGCAAACGGCGAGUUACCCGAGGCCGACCAUGCCGACGACAAAGUGAACAUCGCAGAUGCUGAGAUAGGGGAAGUCAUCGUACCCUACGUCACGGUGCGGACCGUGACCGCGGGCAAGGUCAGGUCAAUCUCGUGGAUGUAUACUCGAGGAUCAAAAAAGCUACAACUGCUCGUUGGAACGACCAACAAUCUCAUUGUCGUCUAUGAAGUCCCACAGAAAGCGAAGUCGAAGAAAGAGGAGACCUUGGAUUACGAUAUGACGCUUUCUGUCGAGCUUGCAGGUCAUAGGAAUGACAUUCGAGCACUGGCACUGAGUUCCGACGACCGUAUGCUGGCCUCUGCAUCCACUGGCGGGCUCAAAAUCUGGAAUGUUCGGACGCGGAAUUGCCUCCGGACAUUGGAGUGUGGAAAAGCGCUGUGCGCUGCAUUUCUACCCGGCGACAAAAUCGUGGUGGUAGGGACCAAGGACGGUCAUAUCGAGCUUUACGACAUCGCAGCCUCCUCGUUACUGGAAGACGUUACUGCGCACGAGGGCGCGAUAUGGGCAUUGCAAGUGCAUCCUGACGGCAAGUGCAUCAUCACCGGCAGCGCAGACAAAACCGUGAAAUUCUGGAAUUUCGAGAUCGUGCAAGAAGAGAUACCCGGCACGAAACGCACCAUGCCUCGGCUCAAGCUUGUCCAGUCUCGCAUCCUGAAAGUGAACGAUGAUGUACUCAGUGUACAGUUCUCUCCUGACUCUAGGCUCCUUGCCGUCGCCACCCUCGACAACACCGUUAAGGUCUUUUUCGUUGAUUCCCUGAAGCCGUUCCUGAACCUAUACGGCCACAAGCUUCCGGUCUUAAAUAUGUCGAUAUCAAGCGACAGCAAGCUCAUCGCCACCUGCUCCGCCGAUAAGAACGUCCGCAUCUGGGGCCUCGACUUCGGCGACUGCCACAAAGCGCUCUUCGGCCAUGAGGACAGCAUUAUGCAAAUCGGCUUCAUUCCACAUCCAGUAGAGCAAGACGAAAAACACAUCUUCUUCAGCGCCGGCAAAGACAGGAUGAUCAAAAGUUGGGACGGCGAUAAGUUCGAGCAGAUCCAGAAGCUAAAGGGCCACCACGGAGAGAUCUGGGCGAUGACGGUGUCGCGGACAGGAGACUUCGUCGUCACAGCAAGUCAUGAUAAGAGUAUUAGGAUAUGGACGCGGACAGAUGAGCCAAUAUUCUUGGAAGAAGAACGAGAGAGAGAGCUAGAAGAGCUUUAUGAGAACACGCUCGCCACUUCUCUUGAAGACGACGAGCAAGUGGAUGGCGAAGCCGCAGAAGCUGUGGCCGCAUCCAAGCAAACUAUCAGCACCCUCACAGCAGGAGAACGCAUUCAAGAAGCCCUGGAUCUUGGCCUCACAGACCUCGAGAUCGUCCGUGCAUGGGAAGUUCAAAAGCGCUCCAACCCAAAGAUUGCACCUCCACAACGGAACCCCCUUUUCAUGGCUCUCGGCAACAUCUCCGCCGAACGUCACGUCCUCAACACUCUCUCCAAGAUCCCCGCCGCUCAACUCCACGACGCACUCCUCGUUCUGCCCUUCUCCUCUCUCCCCGCGCUCUUCACUUUCAUCUCCAUCUGGGUGCAGCGGCAGUGGAAUAUAACCCUUACAUGCCGCGUCCUGUUCUUCAUGCUCAAGACGCACCAGAAGCAGAUCGUUGCGAGUAGGGAGCUAAAGUCGGUGCUCGAGGCCAUGAGAGCGGAUCUGAGAAGGACUUUGGGUGGCACGAAGGAUCUGAUUGGAUUUAAUGUAGCCGCGCUGAGGUUUGUGGGGGAGAGGGUGGAUGAGAUGGGUGUGGUGCGCUUGGAGGAUGUGGAUAAGAUGGAUGAGGAUGGAAAUAGGAAGAAGAGGGCGUUUGUUGAUGUUGCGUAAAGGGGGAGGUGUGCAUAGAGUACGAACGAAAUGCAAAAUUUGUCC